CGGAGACAUCUGGAGAACCAGUCAAAACACAGAAGGGCCGGCCAUUGUUUUCUCCUCUGAAACGGAACUCCUCUGCCAGGCAGACGGCGCGAGCCUGGAGCUGCAGUCACGUGACUUCCGUCUUUAGUUUUGGUCCCAAACAGGAGCAUGACUACGAGGGUUAGACCUGAAACUCCUGGUCUCAGUCUACAAUAUUCCGCUGGAAUCGUACCAUCGACGCUUCUGGGGAUCCGUGGGAUUUGAACUCUGACCUCUGAGGCAAGAAUGUUGUGGUUUGUCCUCCUGCAGCUCAUGGACAGUGUUCACUGCUUCCCUGAGGCUGAACACGAGGCUCGGUGCUCGUCCAGCUCCUGCUUCACUCUACAUCUGGACACAGUCGCCUUUUCAAACGCUCAGCAGAAUUGUGAGGACAACGGUGGUUAUCUGAUGACCGUCAGAGACCGACACCAAAACAACCUGCUGCACUUCCUCCUCUCGCACAUUCAAGGACAACCACAGGACACAACACUGCGCUUCUGGAUUGGUUUGAAGCUCAACAGAGGGCGCUGCGUGUUAGCUGACCGGACUCUCAGAGGUUUCCAGUGGGUGAACGGGGGUGAGGAUUCCGACUACUCCAACUGGGGACGAGAGCCUACACCAACCUGCACUCAGAGAUGUGUGAGCAUCAGCUACAGGAUGUCCGGUGCCAAUCACCUCAGAUGGACUGAUGGGCGCUGCAGAGCUGCUGCUUCCUAUAUAUGCAAGUUUGACUUCAGGGGGAUGUGCAGAGCGUUGGCGCUACUGGGGGGAGGAGACAUCACCUACACUCCCCCCUUUUCACGGAAGCCACAAAAAAGACAAAUGAAAUCCGUUCCAUUUGGAACCUACGCCGACAUUGUCUGCGCUGACCGACGUCGUCACUAUUCCGUGUGCAGGGAAACCGACGGCACGUUUGGCUGGACGGAUCCCGGUCCGUUCUGCAGCUCAGGUGAACGAAGCUGCUCCGUCAACAACGGAGGCUGCGAAGGUGGAUGUCGUCAGAACGGGGGCCAAGUCCAGUGUGUCUGCGGAGACGGUCACCUCCUGGACGACGACGGACUCUCCUGCAGGAGAAGCAACCUGUGUGCGGCAGAUCCGUGUGAGCGUGAGUGUGUGCUGACGGAGACGGGCUACACCUGUGGAUGUCCAGAGGGGUUCCAACUGCACGACAAUCGGCACAACUGCACAGACGUGGACGAGUGUCCACUGCAGCCCUGCGCCGGUCAUCUGUGCGUCAACACACCUGGCAGCUACACCUGUCGAUGUGAAGAGGGCUACCAACUGGUGGGUGGGGCGUGCACUGACGUGGACGAGUGUGUGAGCUCCACAUGUGACCACAGCUGUGUGAACAGCAUGGGCUCCUAUUCCUGCCACUGCCACCAGGGUUUCCUCCUGGCCCCCGACCGCCAUUCAUGUUUCCACAUCACUCAGUGUGGCGCUGAGCCCUGCCAGCACCGCUGCACCAACACGGAAGGUCCUGGAACCGGUGGAGGGAACUGUCUACAGACUGCAGUGGUGUCAGACACAGAGGACCGGUCCACAGGAGACAGGUCCACUGAGGAGCUCCAGCACCUGCCUCCCCACACUAGCCCACCAAUCCUUGACUUGGUGAAUGUCACAUCCAUUGGUCCAGAGGCCAACGCUUCACUGGAGACCAAGGCUUCACUGGAGACCAACACCUCACUGGAGACCAACACUUCACUGGAGACCUACACCUCACUGGAGACCAACACCUCACUGGAGACCAACACCUCACUGGAGACCAACACUUCACUGGAGACCUACACCUCACUGGAGACCAACACCUCACUGGAGACCAACGCUUCACUGGAGGCCAACGCUUCACUGGAGACCAAGGCUCCACUGGAGACCAACGCUUCACUGGAGGCCAACGCUUCACUGGAGACCAAGGCUCCACUGGAGACCAACGCUUCACUGGAGACCAAGGCUCCACUGGAGACCAACGCUUCACUGGAGACCAAGGCUUCACUGGAGACCAACGCUUCACUGAGACCAACGCUUCACUGGCAUCAGGUUUUGUCAAGACACGAUAGCAAUAUUUCGAUGCAAUCGUUUGAAAAAGGAAGCAAAGAAAAGCGCUGCGACCAAGGGCGUGGCAUCCGGACUAGGUGCCUACAGACCAUGGUCAGAUGUCACGAUGUGAUUAUUCGCAGUGGCAUCAUGGCCUGUGUGAAGACAGGGAUUCUGUUUUACUCCGUCCUUUUGUCCAUGUCGUCUGUGUGUGGAUCUGCUGAGGGUCAGCAGAACUCCGUCUGUCAACCCGUCUGCUCCAACGGCAGCUGCAUAACUGUGAACCAGGACAGGGUGGAGUUUAAGAGAGCUGAAGAAAAGUGCCAGGACGUGAACGGAGCGCUCCUGACGCUGGACUCUGACACACAGAGGAGACUCUUUGAUCAUCUGAGGGGACAACUGAGGGGACAUUUUUGGAUUGGACUCCGUCUACCGUCGGGCGUCUGUAGCGACCUCUCACUUCCACUCAGAGGCUACAGGUGGUCGUCAGGUCGUCCUCCCGGGACCUUUGUCCCAUCCUCCAUCGUCUGGAAUGACAGUGUAAGAGUCUGCUCUCCCAGCUGUGUGUCAGUGUCCAAAGAUCAGGGGUGGACGGAGCGGCCGUGCGGUGACACGCCCCAUGGAUUUCUGUGCCAAACUCAGCACCAGGAUGCGUGCAGGGCACAGGCGGUGUCCGCUCCGUAUGUUUUCCAGAGCUCCAGCGGCUGCUCCAGCGCUCCGUGUGAGCACGAAUGCACCGACGUGAAGGGCGGUUACGUCUGCUCCUGCUACAAACAUUAUAAACCGGACAGCACGAACCCUCGGCUCUGCAGACAGUACUGUGGCAAACAGAAAUGCCCCGCUCUCUGUGACAAAGACAACGUUGACAUCUGCUUCUGUCCUGACGGCUACAUCAAAAACCAGGACGUCUGUCAAGACAUCGAUGAGUGUGAGAUGCGAGAGUGUGAUCAGACGUGUCUCAACACGUUUGGCAGUUAUGAAUGUUCAUGUGCAGAGGGAUUUGUUCUCAGAAAGGACAAGUACAGCUGUGCCUCUGCAGACACUGACUUCACCAUGACAACCAAAAACCCUGCAGCCAAUAACAGUUCUCUGAAGUCUUCCUCUGCUGCGGCCGGAGACGUUCUCUGGAUCUGGGUCUUCACUGCUGGGGCUGUAGUGGUGUUGAUAUUUGUGAUUAGAUUUUAUGUUACUAGGAGACAGAAGCGACAGCAACAGUCUGCUGCUGCUGCUGCUGCUGCUGCUGCUCAGCUGAAUAUGUUGAGUGUUAACAGGGGUAGCAGUGUGACAACAACAGACAUAACAGUACAAUUUGACUAACUAAUAAAUACAUGAUGGACGUCUGUCUGUGUCCACUGUUCAGUUCUUUCAAACAUUUGAAAAGUAUUAACUUUGUGUACAUGAAUAAUCUAAAAGUUAGCAUCGUCAUGUUGACGCAAACAAAGACUAUCUUUUCAUAAACCCUCAUUUCUACUGUACCUGUGUGUGCUGCAGGUGGCAGCAGUGAGCUCAUUAGUCAGUUCUCCAGUGUGACUCACCAGACCUAGGUCACGUGUGUGAUGACGGUGAACAACUAACUAACUAUACCGUAGGAGCCGUAUAUUCUUUCACUGAUUAUUUUAGUUUUGAUUUGUUUGGUCUGAUUGUCACGGUGACGUCAUUGUCACGUGGGUGUGAUAGACGGAAGCGUAGCGUUUAUAAGGGCUGAAACGCAUGUAUCGACCGAGGAGAGAGGCUAGGCUAGGCUAGGCUAGGCUAGGCUAGGCUAGGCUAGGUUAGGUGUGGUAAAACGCUUUUUAUUGGGCUUUUCUGUGUUAAUUUAGAAGCCGCUGUAGCAGCAGCGUGUUUCCUGUUACCUCUGAGGAAAGAGUACUGUAUACUGUAUACUGUUACUGUAGUAACUAUGGGAAACAAUCUUCAUUUAUGAAAUAUAUUAAUAUAUAAUCCACUUCACAGAAGUAAUCUAAAUAGACUGGAUGUGUUGAUGGUGAUUUGAGAAUCUGGUUAAAUAAACCCUCAAGUUGACUUUUAUUUCUUGUACUGUAGUACUGUAGCGGGUACUGCCUUAUUGUCUGAGGCAUACAGCAUCAAAUAUAACAAUCAUUGUAGUGAAUAUGUUAAAAGUGGCUUUUAAUCUGGUUUUAUGGACCAAAGUUUUCAGAAAACAAUGUAAAAAUCCCAGUUAAACAUUAGUAAAGUCAAGCACAAACGUUCAGGACGCUACGAUUUGACUGUGAGAAGCUUUUGGCCAGGACAUUAGCGUACCAGUGUCAGGUUAGCUGGCAUGCUAAUGGUACUAGUACUAGUAAGUUGACUAUGUUUUGGCAGCUAAUUAAAGAGGAAUAAUUAGCUUUUGGUGGUUUAUUUUGUAGCCUGAUAUCCUUCCAAAAUAUUGAUGAUACUUUUAGUGAAUUAGUAAGAAUUCAAAGGAACUCUUUUCUUUCUUCUCUCUCUCUCCUUGUUCCUGUUCCUCCUCAGCUCCGAGGCACUGUUUUUAUGUUGUUAACCUGUCAUUAAUGAUUCAUUCUGUCAACAUUAGGUCUCUUUUUAGAGAACGUUUUUAUGUGCACACACACACACACACUCUCUCACACACACGGUGACUGGACUAAACUUCCAGUUUCAUAAAGAACACAAUUUCAAACAAAAGUCAAAAAUACAGAUGCACCUUUAGCCAAAUUUCAUCCAAUCAUUUGUGAAGGAUGGUCACAUGACUCUGGUUUGAUGACACAGCGGGUCAAGGAGGAACAUCUCUCCAACAACUGUGUCCUUUCAAGUAAGAAAAACAGGUUCAAGUGUAGAUCAAAUGACUGAAGAGGGUUGUCUUUCUGUCACUCUGUGUGUGUGUGUGUGUGUGUGUGUGUGUAGUGGGUGGAGUUACCAUCAACAGUAUAAAAGCAUGGCUGCAGUUUUUCAUUUCAGACCAUGAAAAGUUCCCAGGCAGACGACCACAGACUGCUCUGGUCCAACAGACGGUCUGGACCGGGGGGGCACAGGGGGGUCACCGUGCCUUUGGACAACGGACCCCAGCGGACAUUUCUUACAGUGAUUGACAUGCACUCAUCUCUUUAUCAACAAGUGAACUUAUCUAAGAGUGCACGUGUCGUGUCAACAUGUCCGCCAAAACCAAGGCAGACCUUAAAGAGUUCUCUUCCUCCCAUCAGCACAGAACCCAAUGGAAAGGAACGUACCAGACUGAAAGGACUCGGAGCCCGGACACCGAGAGUGAGCCACGGGAACACAGAAACAACUUUAUGUCUGAUGGUUUCCAAAUACAGGAGAGUGGACCAAAUCUGUGACAAAACCAGUGUCCCUGACUCCAAGUCCAACUGCAGACUGACUGGAGAGACUGCUGAUGGUCGGUCAGUGGAAACAGGCCAUAGGAUCCGUGGGGCUGUAAGUCACGGCAGUAAACUGAUGACUGCCAAGGUUCAACAUGACACCAAUCACCACCGGGGACAACAGAGAGUUCCCUGCUCCAGUGACUCCGCUAUUGAAACUGAGUAUGAGAGCAGUGACGGCAGAGGAAGGAGAGAGAAGUCCAACAGCCCGGAUGAUGAAGAUGAUGAUGAUGAUGAUGAUGAUGAAGAGUUCUACACAGACCAGAGGAUUGAAGAAUGGGUCAAUAAGGUCAACUGUUGCCUCUUCACCACAGAAACACGUCAACGUGGUGGUUGGACGUCUGCAGGAGAACAGGAUGUAGCAACAAUAAAGAUGGUCUAUUCUGGACUUUGAUCACAGCUGCUUCACCCUGGAUCACCUCCUGGACCAGAGCCGUGACCCCCCCCUCCCUCCCCCCCCUUACCUGUGAACCCUAAUUAUUAUGAUUUUGGUUUUUUCUUGGAUCUUGGGUGUCAAGUUGAAUUGUUGAAGUUCUUGUUACGAAACAAAAACGUCUCUCAAAUCUACUCUUCUAAGACGCUAGUAUUUUGGCAGUUCACUCACUUUUGAAACGUUUUGCAGACAUCACGUUCACGAUGAGUGAAUAAUGAACAAUAAAGUUGAUCAGUAUUAAAACUUCA